CUAGUUCCUCCGACGUUCUCCACCCCGCGUACGGCCGCCCGGAGCUCGGGGCUUCAGGUUGCUCCCCGGCAGAAUGGGCUGCAGGGAUGAGCCGCCGCGGCGUGCCCGGAGCGAGUGAAGGGCCGCGAGUCGUCGUCCCCGGGUGCGGCAACGUCCAGCUCGGCGGGGCCCCGCACGGACGGGUGGACGCGCAGCCCCGGGUCCGCGGCGGGCGCAGACGGCAGAGAGCCCUGCCUGGAAGCGCGGGGCGAGUCUCCGGCCCCCCAAGUAGCCUUCAGCGCCAAGGUCGCCCCCUGACACCCCACCUCCCCCGACUCGUGCACUGGCGGGCUCCUCUCCAAUGAUUCAGAAGGCGCACCCGGCACUGCUGCAGCCGGAAGAUGUUGGGGACCACGUGGAAACGCUCGUGCUGCAUCCGGUGAUCAAAGCGUUCCUCUGUGGCUCCAUCAGUGGCACCUGCUCUACGCUCCUUUUCCAACCUCUGGAUCUCCUCAAAACGCGCCUGCAGACCGUGCAGCCCCCGGCCAAUGGAUCCAGACGUGUUGGGAUGGUGGCUCUGCUCUUGAAGGUGGUUCGCACGGAGAGUCUCUGGGGCCUUUGGAGGGGGAUGUCACCUUCCAUCGUGAGGUGUGUGCCCGGCGUGGGCAUCUACUUCGGCACCCUCUACUCUUCCAAGCAGUACCUCCUCCGAGGCCAUCCCCCCACUGCCCUGGAGUCAAUUAUCCUGGGGAUGGGCUCUCGCUCCGUCGCGGGGAUCUGUAUGUCACCCAUCACGGUGAUCAAAACACGGUAUGAGAGUGGGAGGUACGGCUACGGGAGCAUCUAUGCGGCCCUGAGGAGCAUCUAUCGCACCGAGGGCCACCGGGGCCUUUUCAGCGGCCUCACAGCCACACUCCUCCGUGACGCUCCCUUUUCUGGAAUCUACCUGAUGUUUUACAACCAGACCAAAAACAUUGUGCCCCACGGACUACGGGCUACGUGGCUUCUUCCAGGGCGGUGUUCCCCGGGCCCUCCGCAGAACUCUGAUGGCAGCCAUGGCGUGGACAGUGUACGAAUCGAUGAUGGCCAAGAUGGGCCUCAAGUCCUGAGCCAGAAGGGGCCCGGGAGAGGAUGGAAUCCUUUGCCCUGCUUGAUGUUGCAUCCCUGUGCCAGACUAAGACAGAGCCCUGUCUGGAGAACCGGGCGCUUAGGUGACCUUGAGUGACCCAGUUCAAGUAGCGAAUAGACAGGUCUGAGUCAGGCCUUUGGAAUCUCCCCAAGGCUCAUGUAAACAUGCAGCACAUUGGGGAGUUGGGAGUACAGCGAGGCUGCCCGAUGGGCAUUUCCAGAGGGAGCUCUGCCAGGAGGCUCUGCCCACCGCCUCAUGGCUUCCGGCCACCUCUUCCUCGAACCCAAGGAAGCUGUAACAGAGACGCUUCCUUCCAGAGGGGCUGGAGCUUCAGAGAGAGGAGUCGCUGUUACCAGGCCAAGUCUGGUAUUAGGGGGAGAAAGAAGCAAGGGUGUUAUUUCAUUGGCUCUUAAUAAACUCAGACGAUUUGGCAAA